UGCUGGUCACGUUGCGGCGUAUACAUUUACGACAACGGCUCCGUUCACGGCACACGUGUGUACAACCGAGUCCGUUCCACUCUCCGGCGGUGUUUACUCCAGCAUGGCUAAAGUUUCCAAGAAGAAAGUGAGUAAAAAGAGUCUCAAGAAGAGCUCCAAGGGGACAGCUAAGAUCGCAGAGGUGAAGCCAGAUGUGGUCUACGAUGACGACGGUGAUGAUGAUGAGGAGGGUUUAUACAACGCGGAUGAAAACAUCACAAGUGAAGAGGACGAGGACGGCGAGGAUGAACGAAAACGCCACAAGCUGCUGGAGGCCAUCAGCGCUAUCGGUGGUAAGAGGAAGAAAAAGCUGGGAGAGAGAUCCGAGGCGGCCGUCCAGAUGUCUGAGUUUACUGUCAACGCGGAGGGAGAGGGCGACAAAGUCGACCUGUCUGACCUCAUCGGGACUAUGGAAAAAACCUCCGCUGUCCCGGCCAAGGCCAAGAAGCAGCUGAAGAACCUGCAGCGGAGUACAAAGACCAUAGAGUGCCCUCUCAGCAAGCAGGAGAGCCAGAGGAUCCAGAGAGACGUGGCCUUCCAGAAGGCAGCCACAGAGGUGACCCGGUGGAAAGGGAUCAUUAAACAGAACCAGAGGGCCGAGCAGCUGAUCUUCCCCUUAAACCAGGAGCCCUCUGGCCCUAAACCCAUGGAAAGGGUGGUGACCGGCUGGAAGGCGAAGACCCCGCUCGAGCAGGAGAUAUUCGCCCUCCUGUCCGCCAACAAGCAGCCCAUCCACGACCCCGUCCUGACCCCGACCGAGGAGGCUUCGAUGAGGGCGAUGAGCCUGGAGGAGGCCAAGAUCCGACGCGCGGAGCUGCAGAAAGCCCGGGCUCUGCAGUCCUACUACGAGUCCAAGGCCCGGAGAGAGAGGAAGAUCAAGAGCAAGAAAUACCACAAAGUGCAGAACAAGGCCAAGCGCAAAGAUUUUGUGAAGCAGUUUGACGAGAUGGUGAGGUCGGACCCUGCCGCUGCCUUGGACGAGCUGAAUAAGAUGGAGCUGUCCAGGAUGCAGGAGAGGAUGUCGCUGAAGCACCAGAACAGCGGCAAGUGGGCCAAGUCGAAAGCCAUCAUGGCCAAAUACGACGAGGGGGCUCGCAAAGCCAUGCAGCAGCAGCUGGAGGUGAACAAAGAGCUGACCCAGAAGCUGGUGACCUCGCUGAAUGAUAAGGAGGAAGAAGAGGAGGAGGAGGAAGCAGAGGUGCUGCCUGAUUUUGUAAACGAUGCGGAGCAGGGACUGGAUUCUUCAAAUCCCUGGAUGAGAGGGAAGCUCUCAGAAGAGCCCACAGAAAAAGAGAUAAGUGACACUGUGGUUCUUAAAGCUGAAGGGCCUGGAGCGGGGGGAAAUACAGUUGUUGUUGUUGAAGAAGAGGAGGAGGAAGAAGAGGUUGAGGAAACGGAGGAGGAAGCGCUCCUCCGAGAGUUUGACAGCAGGAGGAAACUGCGUCAGGCUCAGGAGACGGACAUCAUAUCUGCAGACGCCGAGGAGAAAAAAGCCGAGGCAGGUGACCCCGACACGUCAGACAAAGAGGAAGAGGAGCUUUCGGAGUUCACGAGCCUUUUCCAAGGAAUGGCAGACAGCCGUCGGGAGGCUGAGGCCGAGCAGGCUGAGGCAGCUGCAGACGCCAGCCACACGGACACUUCAGCUCAGCUGGAGGAAGGGCUGAUGAGGAUCAGGACUCUGGAGGAUGUGGAGCUCCUCAGUCAGGAGGCCGCUGAUGAAGCCCCUGUUCAGCCCCAGGAGCCCCCGGCCACCGAAAACCUGGCAUCUGCAACUCCGAAGGCAGGCAAAAACCGAAAAAGGAAAAGAGGGAUCGAGCUGAAAACAGUGCUCACCAAAGAGGCAAAAGUCAUCCAGGUGCCGCUCGCUCCAACCGUCGAGGACACCGAAGACUCGGACGAAAAGCUGGACCAGAGGGGGCUCAUCAGAGAGGCCUUCGCCGGAGACGACGUCGUCUCGGACUUCCUCAAGGACAAGAGGAAGCAGGAGGACGCGGGGAAGCCCAAGGUGGUGGACCUGACACUGCCCGGGUGGGGCGAGUGGGGCGGCACGAACCUCAAGCCGUCCCGCAACAAGCGCAGGAGGUUCAGGAUCAAGACGGCGCCGCCUCCGCGCCGAAAAGACCAACACCUGCCGAGCGUCAUCGUGUCGGAGAAGAGAAACAGCUCCAUCAGCCUCCACCAGGUCAACUCGCUGCCCUUUCCCUUCCAGAACCACGCGCAGUUUGAGAGCACCAUCCGCUCUCCGCUGGGCCGCACGUGGAACACCGAACGGACCGUUAAGAAGAUCAGCAAGCCCAAGGUGCUCACCCAGCUGGGCGCCAUCAUCGAGCCCAUGGCUCGGGAGGAGCUGAUGAAGGACAAGAAGCAGGCUUCCACUGGGAAUACAAGUAUUGUGGACUCACGGAAAAGAAACCAUUAACAGUAACAGUAAAUAAAGAGAAACUAACCCCGGCAGGUUGUUAGUAAUUCUCCACUACUCAGCUACUAUGUAGACAUUCAGGUCUGCGUGGCUCUGUGUGUGUGUGAUGCUGUGAUCAGUUUACUUCAGUCCAUGUUGUGAGAAUGUUUCAGCGUCUAGAGAGCUGACAUCAUGUAUUUGAAAAUGAUUUUCAGCAGCCUUUAUUAUUGUAUUCUUGAUCGCAGGCUUGUGGGUUAAAUUGUUAACAGCUAUUACUCAUAUGUAUGUAUUGUGUUGUCUAAAAGCGGUGCAGUACAUUUACAACUGAAACAG